AUGGAAGACGAACAGUGUCAAGCUAUUCUGAGAGCACUUGGUGCUUUUGAUUAUGCAGCUGCUAACAAACUUAUUGUCAGAUUAGCCAAGGUAUACCAACCUAUAGGCAAUAUAUUGACACGUCUUUGUACCUGUGAAAACUCGUUUACACAACUACAGUUUCUUCGUUCAAGAUGGUUUGUUAUGAGAAAAGAUACAUCUGUUGAAGUGGUCUAUACAAACCUUGCAAGUGAGCUGCCAAAAGAAAUCCUAAAUCUUCAUUCAGUUAGCUGGCUAUCAGUCAAAGACAGAGAAGGUUUGAUAGUUGUGAUGGAUGCAUUAAGAAAAUUUUGUUUGGUACGACGUGAAAUGAUAAGUUCCUAUCAAUCUAUUCUGGCUCAGUCCAGUAAAGGGGAAUUCGAUGAAGUCUUGAAAGAGAUUGAAGCAAUUCAGGAAAGAGCAUUUGAAAUGAAUUUAUCAUCCUCUUUAUCAUUAUUGGGAUUAGGCGUAGAGAAAGAAAUCAAUAUAUUAACAUGUUUGCUAAGAGCAAGAACAUCUAUCACAAACUACGCAUUUCAAGAUGCAUGUAUUGGAUUAUAUCAGGCUAAACAAGACUUGUCUGAAUGGAAAAGACUUUGCCAGGAACAAAGCUACCCAGAGAAGUCUUCAAGGCAUGAAGAUACCAGAGAAACAUCUACUUGGCGAUUUACUUUGUUUGGCCAAUUGGAAUCCAAAAUAAACAAUCACAAACAAGGCGAUAUUUGGCCUAAUACAAUACGAUGGCAUACGCGUGUCUUGGCCAAUUUGACAGCCAAGAUGACGUUGUACUUUAAUCGAAUCUUAUUGGAAAAAGAAAGCAUUGUCACUGAAGAAGAUCCAGAGAAAUCAUUAUGGAAAGGACAACGGAUUGACUAUUUUGACCAGAUAUGCACAUUUAGAAAGAGACAUGGUGCAGAUAGUAUAAGCCUGAUUUAUCAAGUGACAAAUAACGCGCCUUUUUAUCCGCAAGGUUAUAUUUGUCCAGAUACUCCUUAUGAACCACCGCAAGGUGUUCAUUCAUUUCCUUUUAUUUUCAGUCAUCCCAAGGAACCACCCACAAAGCAUUUGCCCAGCAUCAUCUCUAUUAUUCAAGGCAGCAAAUAUAAACUCGAUGAUCCUAAAGCGGGCCCUGUUCAUUUUGUAGAUUCUGUGAUUAACAGCACAUAUUAUUUAAUGCGAAUUGAUCAGCAUGUUGUCUUUGUCAUCAUUUAUUUAGAAAAGACCCACUCGGAACCUGCUACAGCUGAAUUUAUGAAUAAUAUUGUAACCUCAUUGAGAGGUACUGCGGUGAUUGAAGAGCUGAUUCGUGUGGAUUAG